AUGCUCUCUCCACGACGCCAUCGCGCUGCCGAUUGGUAUCCGUUACACGAGCUUGGUUUCAUAAACUCCUCGGCACACGAUUCCUCCAUUCAGGCGAAGACCUUCAGCAUGUUCAACCAAUAUAUUCGCAACCUUGCACGGGCCAUGCUCGAGUGGGGCAAACCCACAGGCUCAAUUAUCGUGGUACACCUGACGGAGGACGAAGAUAAUAUGGCUGCUGUCUGGGCGUGCCUACUGUCUGGCUAUCUGCCCUGCUUGCAGCCCGUACUUGAGAAGGGCCACGUCAUGUAUAUCACAAAAUUGUUUGGGUCUGCAACUUGGCUCGCUAGUGAGCUUGGAGCUGAGCAGAUCACCUCCAUCUCUGCUGACUGGGUUGCUCAUGAGGCUAAGCCAGACGAUGCUAUCCUGUUCCUGACGCCAACUUGCGAAGCACGCAGCGUCUUUUUCGUCGUCCCGUCCAUUGAGACGGAAAAAGUAUUUGUUAAGAUAUAUGCCAGCACCUUCAACCUGGUAGAAAGCGAGGUGUCGAUGAGCGACAACUUCUUCGAGAUCGGCGGUACUUCUCUCGAUGCUACCUGGCUCAAGUGUGAAGGAGAGAAACAGUUCGACUUGCCUGACAUCCCUGCCAUCCAAAUCCUGAAGCACCUCGUUCUCUCGAGCCUGGCCCACUACGUCGAUUCCACACACACUCGAAGGACACUCAGAUGA